GAGGGCCUCCCAGCCUCUCGUUUUCGGAGGAAGCUGUGUGCUUUAAGAUGGCAGCCCCUACAGGGCCUCCCAGCCCCAUGCAGUCCCUUCGGGAAGAAGCAGUGUGCGCCAUCUGUCUGGAUUACUUUAAGGACCCCGUGUCCAUAGGCUGUGGGCACAACUUUUGCCGAGGCUGUGUGACCCAGCUGUGGGGCAAGGAAGACGAUGUGGACCGGGAACAGCCUGCCGCGGGGCACCCCGUCGUCGUUAGACAGGUUUUGUAUCGUGGUCCCACAGAGCAGGAUUGUUUUCAGCACCGAGCACGUGCUGGAGGCUGGGUUCGCGACAGCCAUCAUAGAAGGCAUCGGGGCGAUGCGGACUCUGUGUGGGAUGACGAGGAGGAAGAAGAGCAGUACAGUUUACAAGGAUUGGUACGGGAUCUAAGAAUUCGAGUUUUUCCAGAAGAAGAGAGGGAAGAACGCCACCACAGUGGCCACCACUAUUAUCACUACGGCCGCUACCGCCACCGGCACCUGUUCUACCAUGGUCCCCCAUAUCCACGCGUGCGGCGGCAGCUCUAUCCAGACACCCCGCCAAGGUCGCCACCUCGUCCCGCAUCACAGGUCUUCAGCUGCCCACAGUGCCGAAGGACUUUCCCAAGUCGCAGUUUUCGCCCCAAUUUGCAGCUAGCCAACAUGGUCCAGAUAAUUCGGCAGAUUUGCCAUACUCCGUGAAAUUAGCCAAGCAUGUGCUCCAAAACCGAGG